AUGAACGCAUCUGGUCAAAAUAAGCAUACAACUACGUCCAAGAACAGUUCUAUCGCAGCCAAUAAAUGUGGUCUUCAAAAAUCGAAAAUUAAUAUUGCACAUUUAAAUAUUUGCUCUCUAAAAAAGAGGGAACAUUUAAUUCAGAUAAGACUUUUGAUGCAGGAAAAUAAGUUUGAUGUACUUGCCGUGUCGGAAUCUUGGCUUACGUCCAGUGUGAGAAAUGAAGAGGUUGAAAUUUUCGGAUACAGUCUAUCUAGAUUGGACCGGCGAGGGAGAUCCGGUGGGGGUGUGUGUGCCUAUAUCAAGAGCUCGUUGAAAAAAAAGGUGCUUAGGGAUUUAACAGAAAUUUCAGAAUCUGGUUUUCAUCAGUUAUGGUUACAAAUUCAGCAUAAAAAAUUGAAAUCUUUUCUAUUAUGCGUUUGUUACCGACCUCCAGAUAAUCCUGUAUCUUGUUUUACCAAUAAUUUUAUGGAUAAUUAUAUCAAAGCACUCACUUUUGGUAAAGAUAUCAUAAUUGCUGGAGACUUAAAUUGCGACUUGUUAAAGACAGCUCAAGAGGCAAAGGUUUUGAAUGAUUUUUGUCACUGUUUAAAUUUGACACAGUUAAUUGAUAAACCGACGAGGGUCACGUCACGUUCGUCAACGCUUAUUGAUGUCAUGAUGACUUCAAAUAAAGAUUUGAUUGCAGAAAUUGGAGUGCUUGAAACCUAUAUUAGUGAUCAUUUUCUGGUUUACUGUUCACUCAAACUAAAGUUGAUAAAACCGCAUCCAAUUUGCAUCACUGCAAGGAGUUAUAAGCAUUACGACCGAAACCAAUUCCUCUGUGAUUUGGCAUGCAUUCCGUGGCAUGAGAAUUUAUUUGUUGAAAAUGUAAAUGAUAAACUGUCGCAUUUUGAUAGUAAUUUUCAAAAUGCAUUGGCUAGGAAUGCACCAAUUAAGACAAUGAAAAUAAGACAUCGACAAGUACCAUUUGUUGACGAUGAGAUCAAAGAACUGAUGAAAAAUAGAAAAAGAUUACACAAAUUUGCUCGUCUAACCCGAAUGCCAUCUGAUUGGGAGAAAUAUCGUGCGCUUCGAGAUAAAGUUAAAUGUAAGCUACGCCAAGCAGAAAAAGAUUAUGUACACAAUGAAAUAUAUAAUAACCCAAAUAUAGCAUCGAUGUGGAAAGUCAUCAGGAACUGCGUUCCACGUAAAGAGACCACGAAACCAAGUUAUUCCGGAGAUGUUAAGAAAUUAGCUAAUGAAUUCAAUACCUUUUUUACCUCAGUGGGGAUAAAUACAUCAGCAACUACAUUGGCAUUGCUUACUGAACAUGGACUACCCAUACUGAAUCCACCAACAUCUACCGAAAUACCUGAGAUCGAUCAGUUUUAUUUCCAUUCAGUAUCGUGUAGUGAAAUAA